CGUGUCACCACUGCUGUUCUGCAUCGCAGUUGUUUUCCUCUACCAUUCCACCAUUUACGCAUUUACCUUCAGCACAGCAACCCACGACACCAAGAGUUUUUCUCGACAUGGACACCGAAAAAGCCAAGAUGAUUCGUGGAGACUUGUACAUCGCAGCAGACUCGACUCUGGCGGAGGACCGACGUGCCGCCCGAGAGCUGACCAAGCAGUUCAACGACAUGACCCAAGCCGAGAGUCCUGAGGCCAAGGCGGUGAUGAAGCAACUUUUAGGGGCGAUCGGGAAGGACUGCUUGAUCGAGAUGCCCUUCCGCUGUGACUACGGCUACAAUAUCCGCAUUGGAGACAACGUCCAGAUGAACUUCAAUUGUGUGUUCCUCGACGGGUGCCCCAUCACUAUCGGAAACCGCGUUAUGCUGGCCCCGAACGUGCAGUUAUACACGGCCAGUCACCCGCUUGACCCGGAGGUUCGCUCUUCGGGCCUUGAGAUCGGUAAGCCUAUCACGAUCGAGGACGACGUCUGGAUUUGUGGCAAUGUCGUCGUCGUCCCCGGUGUCACGAUUGGCCGCGGCGCCGUGGUCGGUGCCGGAAGUGUUGUCACGAAAGACGUGCCGCCGAUGUGUGUGUACGCUGGCAACCCGGCCAAGUUCAUCAAGAAGAUUGAGCCAAAGGAGGCAUCUACUAGUGGUAGUUCCAACAGGAAGUAGAGGUAAAGCAAAAAUAGCUUGCUACACCCACGCGUGUUAAUUGCUGCAUGUGCUAUCG